UCUUCCAGCCGUCAAUCAUCAAAGUUGUGUCACCGGUGCGAGGAGGAAGGAUAAGGAACUCCCGAUGACAGAAUCUAAACUCUAAACUGGAAUAAACCUCGUUUGUCCUCAAGUUAUUAGUGAACAUUUCGCUUAAAAAGUGAAGUAAUCAACGGCGGGCUUGUAGCCUAUUAAUCAUUGGACGAUACGUCUACGGAUAGUUUGUACGCUACCUUUUACAGCACCGAUGUCAGAUGCGCCAUCUCCAUGCGCGACAGGAUUGCAGUUUUCUGAAGGAGAGUUUUCGUUUUUUGGGGGGGGUGACGAGUUGGAGACAAUUAACUUCAUGAUGAGAGAACGAACCUGGAUUUAGGAUUCAAAGACAAGGUUGCUGCCGCACCCCUCCCCCUCUGUGUCCCAUUGGCUGCUGUUCCCCAGGGGGUGGGACUCAGUAUGGGUUAAGAGCUGUGAGGCCAGACUGAGAGGACAGUGAAGCCUGACACACUCCACCCGCCACACAGGUGGCUAGAGAUCAGAGGUCGUAGCUAGAGGUCAUGGCGGGCCUGAGGAGAAAGCUGAAGUUUCUGGUGACGUUGAUGACGGUCAAUCUCUUCAUCUUCAUCCUAGUGUUCCACGGAGGAGGAGGAGGACAGGACAAGGGACACAACAAGGUCCUUUUCCCCUCCAAGCGCUUCUGGUCCAAACUGGCUCCUAGUCAGGCCUACUGGAACCGCCAGCAACAGAGACUGGACCUCCAACACAACCCCAUCCUCGCCUCCUCCAAUAGUAACAACACUAGCAAUGAUGAUGUCAGACCUGUCCCUGAUUGGCUCAACGACACGGGGCUGAACCCUGACCCCUGCCAACCGAACUACAGAGUCACCACUCACGUGAAAGAUUACAAUUCCCUACCUCCUCGUUUUAAAGACUUCCUGCUCUACAUGCGCUGUCGGUCGUACCCUCUAGUGGUGGACCAGCCUCACGUCUGCCAAAAGACCCGGAGAGGGGAGCCGCCCUUCCUCCUACUGGCCGUCAAAUCCCUCGCUCCUCACUUUGACCGCCGCCAGGCCAUCCGCCAGUCGUGGGGUCGAGCCGGCGUCCUCGCCAACCGGACGGUUGUCACGGUGUUCCUGCUCGGCAACACCACGGCCGUGGACCACCACCCAGAUCUGUCGGAGAUGCUGCGCUAUGAGAACGCUCACCACAGCGACAUCCUGCAGUGGGACUACCGGGACUCGUUCUUCAACCUGACCGUCAAGGAGGUGCUCUUCCUGGACUGGAUGACCACACGCUGCCCUGGAGCUCAGUUCGUCUUUAAAGGGGACGAUGACGUCUUUGUCAAUACGUUGAGGAUCCUGGCCUUCCUCAAGGGCCUCACGGGGCCCCGGGCAAGGGACCUGUUUGUAGGGGAUGUGAUCACCAACGCGGGGCCAAACAGGGAUAAAAAGGUGAAGUACUUCAUCCCAGAGAGUUUGUUCGUUGGCAAGUACCCGCCAUACGCGGGCGGAGGGGGGUAUCUGUACUCCGGGGACCUGGCCAGGCGGCUGCACGGAGCCUCGCAGCACGUACCUCUCUACCCCAUUGACGACGUCUACACAGGGAUGUGUCUGAGGAAACUGGGGCUGGGGCCGGAGAAACAUAAAGGCUUCAAGACGUUUGACAUUGAGGAGAAGUACAGGAGGAACCCGUGUGCCUAUAAGGGUCUGAUGCUGGUACACAGCCGGACACCGCAGGAGAUGAUCCAGAUCUGGGCCUGGCUCAACGACCCCAACUUGACCUGUCAGUAACUUCCCAGCCCGUCUCCAUUUUGACUUCAGAAACCGGGGACAACAGGUGUCGGUGGCCAUUUUUUUAUUUGAGCUGUCAGUAACCAGGGAAGACAGGUGACUUAAACUGUCGGUAACUGCCUGGACCAGACACCACGACAGGCGGCCAUUUUGUUAUGCUGGUUGUUAUAGUAACGCUGUGAGAGGGCAGUGGCCAUUGUUUUGUGACACUUGGUAGGGUUGUUACAUUCUAAAGGUCAGACACAAUUUUUAUUUAAUUUUUUAGGGAAGGAUUAUUACUCUUGGAGGAUCCGUCGAACAUUGGCAGCUUUAAUGUUGUUAUUAUCAUGUUUGUUGAUGCUAGUUAACCGUCUUCAAAGUUGAAUCUUGGAUGAACAUUUCGGGUUUUGAAUCACAAGAUAAAGAGGGCGUGACUCUGUGAUGGCGGUACGAUGGCAGACCAACGUGUCUCUGGGCUUUCUAAAUGGUCGUCAUGGCGUUAUGAUGGUCAACGUGUCUCUGAGCUUUCUAAAUGGUCGUCAUGGCGUUAUGAUGGUCAACGUGUCUCUGAGCUUUCUAAAUGGUCGUCAUGACGUUAUGAGGGUCAACGUGUCUCUGAGCUUUCUAAAUGGUCGUCAUGACGUUAUGAGGGUCAACGUGUCUCUGAGCUUUCUAAAUGGUCGUCAUGGCGUUAUGAUGGUCAAGUCUGAUGGAUCUUUCAUGAUUCCCUGCUGUGUGUCUGACAGCACAAAGAGUCUGUACCAUGUUGUAUUAUGAGGAGUUGGAGACAGAGGAGUCUGAUCCCAGAUCUGUUUUGGUGUGAAAAUGACCCUAAGAGUUGGCACAAACUGAUCUGGAAGCUAGGCUAAUGGAUGAGUUCUCAGCUGGUCUGGGCCGUGCUAGAUAAAGAUGUUUGGUCGUUCUGUUGGAGAAUGUAACUUGGGAAUGUAAAUAAAAUUAAAAGAGCACAUGUUGAACUUUAAAAACAAACCCGUUUCCCUGAAGAGAUCUGACUGAUGGACCUUAAUGAUGACACUUUAACACUGUGUCUGACUGAUGGACCUUAAUGAUGACACUUUAACACUGUGUCUGACUGAUGGACCUUAAUGAUGACACUUUAACACUGUGUCUGACUGAUGGACCUUAAUGAUGACACUUUAACACUGUGUCUGACUGAUGGACCUUAAGGAUGACACUUUAACACUGUGUCUGACUGAUGGACCUUAAGGAUGACACUUUAACACUGUGUCUGACUGAUGGACCUUAAUGAUGACACUUUAACACUGUGUCUGACUGAUGGACCUUAAUGAUGACACUUUAACACUGUGUCUGACUGAUGGACCUUAAUGAUGACACUUUAACACUGUGUCUGACUGAUGGACCUUAAUGAUGACACUUUAACACUGUGUCUGACUGAUGGACCUUAAUGAUGACACUUUAACACUGUGUCUGACUGAUGGACCUUAAGGAUGACACUUUAACACUGUGUCUGACUGAUGGACCUUAAUGAUGACACUUUAACACUGUGUCUGACUGAUGGACCUUAAUGAUGACACUUUAACACUGUGUCUGACUGAUGGACCUUAAUGAUGACACUUUAACACUGUGUCUGACUGAUGGACCUUAAUGAUGACACUUUAACACUGUGUGUCUGACUGAUGGACCUUAAUGAUGACACUUUAACACUGUGUGUCUGACUGAUGGACCUUAAUGAUGACACUUUAACACUGUGUGUCUGACUGCACAAAGAGCUUUCAAAAUGCUGUAAAACAGUGACUAUAGUAAGUGCCAAAUAAACUAACAGGGUUGACUGUAACAGGGUUGACUGUAACAGGGUUGACUGUAACAGGGUUGACUGUAACAGGGUUGACGAGUUCAUGUUAAAUCAGCCAUAAAUCUCUUUGUGACCAGGGGGAAUGGAAGAUUGUUGUGUGCGACAGGGAGGGCUUCUUUUUUUUAAAUCUAUAUAUUUCUGGGUAACAUGUAACGUGUUCUGCUCAACCCGCCUCAGGUUUCCACCACAAAACAUCAGAAAAUGUACCAAAAGAGCAGAACCAGCUCACCUGCUUUUACACUGAUUUGACUGUUCGAUGUCCAAUGUUGCUUUUGGAAAAAAUAAUAUUUAAGAAGGAAUAGUUUCAACAUUAUUUAAACGAGGGUUCAGUUCAUGUAACAGGGUUGACCUAUAAAAUCAGGGACAGGUUUUUUAUUUUAUUUUAACCUUUAAAAUAAUUCACUAAUCAUAUUAAAUGAAUUAAUCUCUAUAAAUGACUUUGUGAAAGCAACAAAAGUAACUAGGUCUUUACAACGUUGGUGAAAACCUUUUGGGGUUGAAGUGUCCGGCAACAGUUGCUACAUCCAGUAACUGAUAAAUACCUCAUGAGCUCAACUGUCACCACAUCAGUCCUUCCAUCCACAGCCCUGUCUGGUUCUUCAGCCCAGUCCCUCAGCUUUUCACCAAAACAGGGGCGGGGAGUUCAUUUAUAUAUAUAUAUUUUUUUACUGCUGAUUGCAGCUUUAAGUGGGUUAGAAUCUAGCCAAAAUAGUGACUUUUUAUGUCACUGUAGCAAGUCUUUUCAUAUUAAAAGUCUGAUUCUGUGGUCUAUAUUAAAGGAACUGUUAAAAUAGAGUUUUGGUGGACAGUUGUAACUGAAACAUCGAAGGGAUGCAGAAGAAACUCUGUUCAGCGUUGCUUCAGGGCCUCCUUGUGAGCCGGACAUCUUCAUUUAACAACGAUACCGUCAAGCUGAACUGGCUGGUUUAUAGCAUAUUUUCACAAAGACAACUAUCAUCCCCCCCCCCCCCCUCCACAAACUAUAAACAAAGAUAAAGCUGGAACCGUAACCAAGGCGAUUGGCUCGUGGGUCAUUCAUGUUCUGUAACGGUGUUUACAGCCAGAUCAGAGAAAUACAGUUUUAUUUAUCCACAAUCAUUACUGUUCUUGUCAGAUGGUAAAAAAAAAACAUGUCAAAGGUCAAAUCCAGUUUGUUCUAGUCCACCGCUGCCUUAAAGGUUUAUAGGAAGACGAGUGUUAAGACGCUACAAGAUUUACUUCAGUUUAUGUCCGAGAAUUUCCAUUAUUGAAAUGUUGAUGUAAGUAACAUUUUGAUCUCCUCGCAGUGAUCUGCAUCUAGGACGAUCUAGGACGAUCUAGGACGAUCUGGGACGAUCUAGGACGAUCUAGGACGAUCUGGGACGAUCUAGCCCAAAGAGCUGUAUGUUUUUACAAGGUGUUUAUUUAUCAACCAAUGUAUUCAUCAACUGUCUGCUCAACUUCUUAUUGGGUGACAAUUAUAGUACAUUUUUGUUUUUGUGUAUUUUACUGUUGAAAGAAAUGGAUGUUGAAUAAGUUACAUAUAUACACUGUGCCCAGGUCAGGAAUGACUCGCGUCAAUUAAUAUAUCUAUAUGCUGUACGUAGUGGGGUGUUGUGCCGGGAAGACAGGCUGUACGUAGUGGGGUGUUGUGCCGGGAAGACAGGCUGUACGUAGAGGGGUGUUGUGCCGGGAAGACAGGCUGUACGUAGUGGGGUGUUGUGCCGGGAAGACAGGCUGUACGUAGUGGGGUGUUGUGCCGGGAAGACAGGCUGUACGUAGAGGGGUGUUGUGCCGGGAAGACAGGCUGUACGUAGAGGGGUGUUGUGCCGGGAAGACAGGCUGUACGUAGAGGGGUGUUGUGCCGGGAAGACGGGCUGUACGUAGAGGGGUGUUGUGCCGGGAAGACGGGCUGUACGUAUAGGGGUGUUGUGCCGGGAAGACGGGCUGUACGUAGAGGGGUGUUGUGCCGGGAAGACGGGCUGUACGUAUAGGGGUGUUGUGCCGGGAAGACAGGCUGUACGUAUAGGGGUGUUGUGCCGGGAAGACAGGCUGUACGUAGAGGGGCGUUGUGCCGGGAAGACAGGCUGUACGUAGAGGGGCGUUGUGAAGGGAAGACAGGCUGUACGUAUAGGGGUGUUGUGCCGGGAAGACAGGCUGUACGUAUAGGGGUGUUGUGCCGGGAAGACAGGCUGUACGUAUAGGGGUGUUGUGCCGGGAAGACAGGCUGUACGUAGAGGGGUGUUGUGCCGGGAAGACAGGCUGUACGUAGAGGGGUGUUGUGCCGGGAAGACAGGCUGUACGUAGAGGGGUGUUGUGCCGGGAAGACAGGCUGUACGUAGAGGGGUGUUGUGCCGGGAAGACAGGCUGUACGUAGAGGGGCGUUGUGAAGGGAAGACAGGCUGUACGUAGAGGGGUGUUGUGCCGGGAAGACAGGCUGUACGUAGAGGGGUGUUGUGUCGGGAAGACAGGCUGUACGUAGUGGGGUGUUGUGCCGGGAAGACAGGCUGUACGUAGAGGGGUGUUGUGCCGGGAAGACAGGCUGUACGUAGAGGGGCGUUGUGAAGGGAAGACAGGCUGUACGUAGAGGGGUGUUGUGCCGGGAAGACAGGCUGUACGUAGAGGGGUGUUGUGCCGGGAAGACAGGCUGUACGUAGAGGGGUGUUGUGCCGGGAAGACAGGCUGUACGUAUAGGGGUGUUGUGCCGGGAAGACAGGCUGUACGUAGAGGGGUGUUGUGCCGGGAAGACAGGCUGUACGUAGAGUGGUGUUGUGCCGGGAAGACAGGCUGUACGUUGAGGGGUGUUGUGCCGGGAAGACAGGCUGUACGUAGAGUGGUGUUGUGCCGGGAAGACAGGCUGUACGUAGAGGGGCAGGAAAACCAGUCAUUGUCUCUGUCUUAAUAAUAAUAUUUGUAACAUGCAAAUACACAUCUGAGCCUCAUUCAGUCUGCAGUUGAAAACGUUGUGGAGCGUUGCAGACAUAAAUAUCAUGAAUAGAGCUUUGUGAUUCCUCAUCCUGCAGGUCAGAGAGGCAUGUUAGUUCUACAAAAAAAAUAUAUCUGAACAUUCCACAACAGUGUGCUCUGCUGAACGCAGCCCUGUUGUUUACAAUUAAUCUGCCACAUUGAUAAUGAUCCAUUCCCCCUGGGGGGGGGGGGGCCUCUGUGAGGGCAGGGCCUCUUCUUCAAAGAGGGCGGAAGUCAGUCUCCAAAGACCUCUCUGUUAGACUGUCCAAUGUGUACAAUAAAAGAGUUGGUGCUGUUUUAUUGAAAACAGUGAAUCUGAUCAACCGUUUUAUGUUCAGUUUGCAGCAAAACAAAUCUUAACCCCGAUUUCAUUGCAACCUCGUAGAGACACGCCUCCAUAAUUCUGCUAGAACCAAUGAAAUGACUCCCCUGUUUGCCUGGGUCAGUGUACAGGGCCGUAUUCCUCUAGUCCUGAGAUCCUGUUGAAUUCUUCCUUCAGUCCUUUCUUGGUGAUUUACAUCUGGUCUGUCGUGUGGUUGUUUUCUCUCCAUCACAUCUCUGUCAACAGACCCUGUCAAAUCAGAACAAUUAUUAUGGAAGGAAGGAAGGAGGCAUUUGUAGAAAUAUAACCGGGCUGAAUAUCUGGUACAGCCUAAUGGUGCUGAGUUCUCUCUGAACUGUACUGGUCCAAUAACUUUUGGAACGUAAACCUAAAUUGUUCAAAGCUAUUUUCAAUGGUGUACCCAAAUGAACACGCCUCAGAAGUGUAAGCUAAGAAGCUCACAAAUUAGUUUUUCCUAGGAGAUUUUGGGGCGUGAUACUAGUUAUUCCUGCCAUAAAGUCGUUAACCUUGUCCAUUUCUUCAAUUCAUCUUCUUAAAAUUUUAUUUUAAACCUUCACCACACUGCUAACCUUAUGCCUAACCUUAACCACACUGCUAACCUUAUGCCUAACCUUCACCACACUGCUAACCUUAUGCCUAACCUUCACCACACUGCUAACCUUAUGCCUAACCUUAACCACACUGCUAACCUUAUGCCUAACCGUAACCACACUGCUAACCUUAUGCCUAACCUUAAAUUAACACCAAAAAAUAAAAAUGUUAUUUUGAUGAAUUUUUACGAUCUAGACCAUUGACUUUGACUCCGUAAAAAUCUCCUAGGGAAAACAAAUAUGCAAGCAGCUCUCAUGUCCUGUGAGGGUCAUUUGAAUUCCUGUUUCCCUGGCGUUCAGUGGGACUUACUGUAGGUCUCAGCACCAGUCAAACCAAAAACAGUGACAGGAUGUCGCCCACGCAUGUCCUGUCAGGUGGUUAGAGUAGGGUGGAGAAUGUUUACAUGUGUAAAUGUAUACAUAAUGUAUAUUAUUUAUAAUCCUGAUUUAAAAACAUUUUAUUUUGUAUUUUUUUAAGUCUAUGCUAUGCCGGUAUGAUUCGAGCUACUGCAUUAGGCUUUCAGUAUAUCACAUUGUUAUUUAUCUGACUGAGGCUGAAAUUCAGGCACUUGGUGACUUCCUGUUAAUAUCUCUUCUGUUAUGUCUAAUAUCGCCUCUGUUUCUCGUCUCGCGUCUCUUUGGUCAGUUGUCCGGUUUUUCCAAGGCCUUGAUGAAAGAUGAACAUUAAUUAAUUCUCCUCAUUUCUGUUUGAAUGUAAAAUAUUCCUCUAUUGCGACACAACUGAACAAAAAAUAUAAACGCAACAUGUAAACACAAAAAUCCGUUAGGCGGCUUUUGGUAGAGAUAUUCAAUUCUCGUGCAACAGCUGUGGUGGACAUUCCUGUAGUCACCAUGCCAAUUGCACACUCCCUCAUAACUUGAGACAUCUGUGACAUUGUGUUGUGUGACAAAACCGCACAUUUUAUAGUAGCCUUUAUUGUCCCCAGCACAAGGUGCACAUGUGUAAUGAUGAUGCUGAUUUAAUCAGCUUCUUGAUAUGUCACACCUGCCAGCUGGAUGGAUUACCUUUGCAAAGGACAAAUACUCACUAACAGGGAUGUAAAUGAAUUUGUGCACAAAAUGAGAGAAGCUUUUUGUGCGUAUGGAACAUUUCAGGGAUCUUUUAUUUCAGCUCAUGAAACAUGGCACCAAUACUUUACAUGUUGCAUUUAUAUUUUUGUUCUGUAUACAUAUUGGUACUCUAGAGUGUUGUCUAUUUUCAAUGGUCCAAACCCUUGAUUCCCUUGGUUAUGAAACAUUACAAAAUCAUCAAUCCCAUUAUUGUUGAUGUCCUCUCUCCUGACCAUAACAUUCCUGUAAUCUGUUGGAAUUGUGUAUGACUUAGUGUUGCAAAAUUCCAGUAACUUUUUUCCCAAAUUCCCAUAUUCUCUAGAAAUCCAGGUUGGAGGGAACAAGGAAGAAAUCUAGCAUUUUCCAACCAGGAUUCCUGGAAAGUUACCCGGGAAUAUGGGGAAAGUUACCCGGGAAUAUGGGGAAAGUUACCCGGGAAUAUGGGGAAAGUUACCCGGGAAUAUGGGGAAAGUUACCCGGGAAUAUGGGGAAAGUUACCCGGGAAUAUGGGGAAAGUUACCCGGGAAUAUGGGGAAAGUUACCCGGGAAUAUGGGGAAAGUUACCCGGGAAUAUGGGGAAAGUUACCCGGGAAUAUGGGGAAAGUUACCCGGGAAUAUGGGGAAAGUUACCCGAAAUGUUUAUUUUUAUUAUAAAAUAUGUUUUGCAACACGACGAGUUGAUUUGGACGCAUUCUGCACAGUGGAUAUAUGUAUAUAUUAUAUACCAACACAUGCCUUUUGUUUCUCCUUACCCAUUUAAGUCAGUUUGAUGUGUUUUCCACCUGUGGUUUCUCAGAGCUGUGCCAUGUGUGGUUCUGUUGCUAUGACUAGAUUAUUAUUAUUAUUUCCAAUAAAGAAUAUUUUGCUGUUUUUGUA